CUCGCUGUGCUUGCUGCUGCGUGCUCGAGCUACGGAUCAUCGCCCAAUUCGCUCGCUCCCUGCCCCCAUCACCAAUUCAUUCUCGCGCGCGCAUGCUCACCCUCUCCACCAACACUCCGUCGCCAACAUCUGAUCGAGCACGAUGAUACAGCACACUCGAGUGCGGCCGCAUGCGAUACCGUAGCUGCCGUAUCAGCCUUUUGCGCCUGUGUCAGCACCUGAAACCACCGACCACCGCCCGCCAUGGAUCUGUCCAGCAUCAUGGCGCCGCAGGAGCCUGAUCCAGAGCCAAAGCCUGCUGCUGCCACUGCUCCCUCCGCUCCCACAGCAGCGACAACAGCUCCUCCCAUACAACCUCCGCUGCCUCUCCCUCCGCCGACAGAGACAGCGGCCGCGUCAACGCCCAUGCCAGCCAAGCGCAAGGCAGACCAGCUCGACGAUGACGACCCCGUCGCAACGCCCAAAGACACCGGCGCCCAUCAUGGCGACAACGAUAAGGACGAGCCCAUGUACACGUCGACUACCACGUCCGUACGACACAACAAGAGCGGCGCUACGAGUUCUGUGUACAGCGGGAACAAGAUACGCCACCUGAAGAAGGAAGAUGGAAUCCCACUGUGGCGGAAGGACAUUCAGUACGACUUUCUCAAGCUGGUCUUCGACGACAAGACGCCAUGCUUCACCAAAUACAGCGAUGGCUCGAAAGGUCACACCUUUGCCGACAUCUACAUCGAUGCCAUGGCCAAGAGCAGCAAGUGCAGCAAGAUUCUCAAGGAGAAGCUGUUGCAGGAUCAAGCAGGCGCGAUCAGCAUGGCCAUGGUGUGUUUGUUGGUCAACGUGGGACGCAUGAACACCACAUUGAAUUUCUUCCCAGAAAUGCGCGCUCAACUCCGUACAUAUCACUCAAUCCCGGCGCUGCAAGCUGACCAGGACCCGAAUGCCUACAAGCAGCUCCAAGAUGCGCCGCGACUGAAAUCGAUCCUUAAAGGCGCUACAGAGGACGAGCCACAACCGAGCACAAUGGAUGAGAUCAAGAACGCGUCCAUCCCCCGAACGAAUCCCGUCAAUCUUAUCUUCGUGAUGAGCCAGUACGCCCCCAAGAUCAGCGAAGUCCACUUUCCUCCUCCGCGAGAUUUCUUCGACCUCGUCAUGCGGCCGACUUUGAGCAGCGAAAGCAGAGCAAAGGCCUUUCUGUGGCUGGUUUGGUGGUACCUCGAGAGCGAUUUCAGUAUUGAGGCUACCCGCAACAACCCAUUUGGCCAAGGUACAUACGGCGAGGGCGAGGAAGGAACAGAUGCUUUACCUCUGAAGGUGCCUACUUUGGUCGGCUUGACAGAUGAGCAAGCGGAACAAGAAAAUGUCGAUACGGAAAGUGAGAAACACUUUGGUGAGGUCAAGCGGAAAGAGCGCAUCGCAAUACUGGCCAGCGAGCCUAGUCCGGCCAUGACGGCACUUAAGCGUGCUCGCAAGGAGAAGGGUUUGACUACUGGACACAAUCCGGCGCCCAGCGAUGACGAGGGAUCUGAUGCUGGCUUCCACCGGAUGGCAGGAGCUACAUCAGUCGGACGAUCUGCUUUGCACCACGAGACGGCUAGCGACUACACUAGGUCUCCUUCGCCGGCUGCUCGUGGGUUCCAAGCAGUCAACAAACCGUUGAGUGGCAUGGGUAUCGGAAACCUCCUCAAUAGUGAUGAUGUUGGCCCCGAUCCAUCGCCUUCCCAUCCUCCGGCUGCGGCACCCGUCAAGAAGGGACCUGGCAGGGGCAACUGGAGAAGAAAUAAAGCUGGCAAAGAUGCUAACGCAACAGCUGCUGGCGCCGCUUCUGGCCAACAUGUGCCACUACUGCCAAACACAGGAGGCCAAGUGCAGUUCGUCAACAAUGGCCCAAAUGGUCCCGUACAAGCACACGGCGGAUCUUUCGCAUACGCGAAUUCGAGUAAGGCGGGAAUGUCCCCUGGAGGGCAGACACUAUCAUUUACCAAUCCGAACACCCAUAUUCCAACACCUUCAUACCAGGCGCAAAAACGACAUAGAGGUAUUACGCAACACCAAUCCGCUGUCAUCAAUCACAGGAAGAUGCAGAUAGACUACACUCUAGACCGGCGAAUACGAAAAGCUCACGAGAGAGCGCGGGACAAGCGAGAAGCAGAGAGUCCAAUCAUACGUGCUUGGAAACGCCUAAAAUACUUGCCACCCGACUACGACUCCGAAGAAGAGGCAAUCAAGAUCCGCAAGGCCAGAGAUCGAGCAGAGAAGAACGACGACUGGCAUCGUGGGGCGACAAUCGAUGAUCCCUUCGGCGACGUUGAUUCCUGGCGACGCCCUAGAGUCUUAUACGCCGGAUUCGUCAAGAUCCCGCACCAAGAGCCUGCUGAUGUUGGAGAGGAGACCAAGUCGCUCGCUUCUAGUCUCAGGAAGUGUAGUAGACGACUUGAUCGCUGGGAGCAAGCUCUUCCGGGUGCUUCGAUGGCAAAGAGGCUUGAGCGCGAGAAGAAUGGGACAGCGCAGUAUCGACGGCCUGCGGCACCGAGUCGGCAGAAUAGUACUUCUGUCAGUAAUGGAGUGCAUCGUACCAACGAGACUGGAUCAAGACCGCCAAGACCUUCGAUCAAACGAGAAAAGUCUGAGACCGGGAGGAGGAGAUCUGCUGGUGUGAGGAGAGAUGGUAGCACGCAUGGUCAGAAAAUGGACAUCGAUCCUGAGCCUGAUGAUGAAGAUGGCGGAGCGGAGCUCGAUGAAGAGGAGAGGGACCUCUUGGCCGAAGUUGAUGCUGAUGAAGAUGGGAGCGAGGAUGAGGACGAGGAGAUGGAGGAUUGAAGUUGAUUGAUCCUGCCUCGCUGGUUUUCUUGUCUGCUUUUGCUUUUGAGAGUUCAGUUCCUUCACCAUAUGCUGCAGGGUAUCUUCGAUGGAUGCGGCAUAAAAGUAUAGAGAGCUUCUUUCACAGAGCGGGCUUCGCCAGCGACAGUUUGCGCGGAGCUUGCCGGAGGUAGUUUGGAUCAAGAGGGAUACGUUACCCUUUUUCUUGUUCCGUGAUAGAAAAG